AUGGGCGAACUCAUCUUUGACUGCUUCGUGCGCUGCUUGCUGGAUGCCCACCAGCCACUUGACCUUGUUCGCUGUGUGCAACAAGCCGCCAGAUGGUCUGUGGGUGUCUGGAAUGUACUUGGGGAGGCCUCCUUAGAUGAGGAUGAGGAGGAAAACACUCCUGCAGGAGAGGGAGUGUCUGCUCCCACAGUCGAGCCAGAGAUGGGCUCGCAGAGGGAGGAAGAUCCCAGAACAGAGGAGGUGCCAGAGUUACAGGUUGACCAGGACCUGUCCUUACCUGAAGUUCCUAGGGAGGUGGAGCCGCCCAGUCCUUGGGAACGCCGACGGCACAAGCGAGUAAGGGAGCCCCUCAAUUCACAGCACUCAAGAAGACGUAGUCAAGACACCAGAAGUGUUCACUUCAGCAAAGAGAAACCCCUCAUUGUGAAACGGGUCAAUGUGCCUGAGAUUGACACGCUGUUUGCCAACAUUGCUGAGGCUUUCAACAAGCAGCAAGAUGAUUGCUUGGCUCUCCAGGAAGCCAUCGAGGGCCUGAAAGAGACCUAUUACUGUUCACCCGCAAGCAGUCUUUCUGUAUGCAUUGAGAAGAUACAGCAGGAACAUAGGGCUUGCAAUGUGCAGGUGCAUAUGGAGGGAUACAGGUUUUGGCUAAGUGCAAGGGAGAAAGAGGUUCCGGAGAAACUGGAGCGGGUUCACAAGCAGGUGGGAGAGCUGAACCGUGCUACUAAAGGAGUCAUCAGUAUGGGAACAAAACUCCAGGAAAUGAUCUGCCUGGUUCUUCAGAGCCAGGAUAACUUGAUGGAGACAGUGAAACUCACAAACCCUGAGCACCUAGAAUGGAUCCGGCUAGAAGGAAACCUGAGAGAAAAUAUCAAGAAAACACGUCUGGCCAAAGAGUUCUCGAAGCAGUAUAUAGAAGAAGCCAAUCAUGUGUUGACAGAAAUGUCCAAGUCAGCAAACUUGACAUUGUAAAAUAAAA